CCAAAAUUAAACAAUUAAAACAAAAAUAAACAAUAAAAAGUACUAACACUACAGAACAAAAAAACAAUAGCAUACAUUAAAAUAUGGGUGGGUUUGCUGUGUGCGUUGCAGCAAAAACAAAAGGGUCCUGGCUCAGUUAUAUGCCCCACUCUUUCGGGCGAAGCAACUGGUAAUUCUGCUAGAACCCAGGUCACUAACAGAUCGUGGUACAAAAAUAAAUGUAAAAAUAAUAAUAAUAAUAAUAAUAGUAAUAGUUUGCCUAUGUCGAAAAUACAUUUUGUAGCUAGGCACUUUUUUAUUUAAAUACUGUGCGUCUUAGUUUAUCAGAUCAACCUACAUACUUACUUAUGUUAAUUUUACAAAACCAAAUCACAAAAAUAUUUGAUGUCGUCAUAAAUAAUUUCACCUCUCUCUAAUAUUUAUGCACUCUGAGGUCUCUGAGUAAGAAAAAUACGUGGCCCCGAAAGGGGUAACGGCGUGUGGUGCGAGUGCGAUAGAGACGGCGAUAGACGCUUCGGUCGAAAUUUUUUCCAGGUAAUUCGCCAGGCCGCCAGCCCGCCAUGCCACUGGCGUCAGUUCAGUUGCGUGAGCGCCGCUGACUAAGUAUCACGCGGCGUUUAUUUAUACCUUAAGGUAGCUAGCAUUCGGAUCCCAGCAGUCGCGACCCGGCAGCCGCUGCCCAGCAGCCGCACCGCUUUGUAGGGAUUUAUAUGCGAUAGGAUCCGAAUGCUAAUACCUUUAGCGUGCGUAGUUUCGUUCGACGGCAGUUAAUUAUAAUGGAUAGUGACGAAGAUUUAACAGUUAGUUGUGCGAUGUACUUGGCUGAAUGGGGUUUGUCCGAAACCACUAUAUCUAAUUUUGAAGAAAAUAAGAUUUCCGUCAAAUUGCUGGACUGCAUAGAAGAAGCAGAACUUAAAGAGUUGAUACCCAGUUUAAAAGAACGAAUUCUAUACAAGCGUGGAAUGAAAAAACUACAAACCAUUAUACACGAGACAUGCUCUGAUGACACUGUAAGCAUUAAUAGUUCUGAUGACACUGUAAGCAUUAAUAGCGAUUUUUCUGCACCGAGUCCUACGAACAGCACCACUAGCACCAGUAUCAAUAAACUGCCACCCACGAAAGAAAAUUCUUCUUAUGAAACAUACUACAUACCUGCGAUUAAAUAUAGCAACAAAUAUAGACCUGCCAAAGGCAAACUGAUAGAUAGGUAUAACAAUCAAAGGAGGCUACUAAAACGAGAAGGAGUAAUUUGUCGGAAAAGAAAACUGGAAUUCGAAAAUACUGACCAGGAGUUAGAAGAAAUCGCAGUAGACGAGGAAACCCUUAUAUGGCUUCAGUAUAAUAAAGAGCCAUUUCAAGAAGUCAAAGAUAAAUGGCUUCAAACUAGGCAAUAUCGCAUGGAAACCGAUUACAAAAACGCUAAACAUAAUUUACAAGACAUAUUAAAGAAAUAUCCAUUAUUGAAGCAGAGUUUUGGCUUUCAGCUUAUAGAAUUGGACUUUGAAUACAGUCAUCCUAAAAGGGGCAUCUCACUUUUCCUGCAGUUUCCGCAGUUUUUAAAAAAAGUUAAUGAUACUUUUAUUCGCGUUAAAGUAUUUCAAGAUUUAAAGAACCUCUUCAACAACACAGAAAAAGAAGACACGAAAGUAUUUAUUGCUUUGUCCUUACUUUGUGGAAAACUUGUCCCGACUGUCGGCAGAUUUGAUGCAGGAAAUAAAGAUAAAGACGAAAAGCGCUCAUCAAAGGCAGAAAAAACAAAGUAUAACAAACCGACCAUCCUGGAGUCACGAGACAGUUUGAUAUUGCAUGUGAAGACUCAAGGUGACAUCCAAAAUCGCCUUACAACACGUCGGGAUAUCCAACUUAAGAAAGGACUCACAUGCCAACCAGUGGUAAUUUGUGUCGGGCCAGACGUCGAAAAUUUAACGGAAUUCUACGUCAAUUUUGACGACGUUACUUACCAGCUUGAGUCCCUGUUAAAAGCUGUCGACAUUUGCUUCAAAACAUUUCAUGUGUUUGACAUACAAUAUCCCCAUGAGAGUAUUCAGCCGUGGAUGUUCAUACAACAUUAUAUGUAUGAUAUUAAAACGCCGCAAGAUCAUAAAUUUCCGAGUGUUGCCACUUUAAUUGCUGACUUAAUGUAAGUUACUAUUAAUGUUACUUUAGUGAAAAUGACGUUUAAGUGCUUUAUCUGUAAUAACGAGUUCAAAUCCCUGAAAGGUUUGUUUUUACAUCUCGACCUAAAGCAUAGUAAUUUAUCUGAAUAUAGUUGUACACAGUCUACAUGUAACAGACGCUUUCAAAAUAUAAAAAGCUAUAAGAGACAUCUCCUCAGUCACAAUAUCAAAAAGCCGGGUAAAUCUCAAAUUAGAACAAAGAUAAAUCAUACACACACACAUAAUGAAUUAAGUGAGUCGAGCAGUGGUGGUUGUUUUCUCCACACUGAAUCUAAACUAACUAAUGACUUUGAAGUGACAUGUAAUGAACAUUGUGAAACAGAAAUACGAAAUGUUACAUUACAAAAGCGUUCUUUUUACAAUUUUCAAACCUAACUAAUUUAGACGGCGUAGCUGACACAAAUAACAAAACCGUUUUUGAUAACAGCCAUAUUGAAAAUCUACAAAACAAAGCGUUAAAUUUUGCUUUGUCCCUUUAUAGCAAUCCAAAUUUGAACAGGGCUACGGCAACAAAUAUUUUAACUGAAGUAACAGAAAACAUUACUAAAGUUAUUGGUGAGACUUUAACUCAUUACAUGCCAGAUGCUGUAAUCAAUAGUUCUAUUCAAGCUGUAAUUGAUGUAUGUUCCACUCCGUUUGAAAAAGUUGACACAGAAUGGAAACUGUUACAGUACUUUGAAGGUUUAGGUUGUUACAUUAAACCCCAGCAAUAUAUAAUAGAUUCAUCUGUGAUACCAUGCUUACAAGAUGGCUCUAACAUAUUACAAACAAAGACGGCCAAAGGGACAAAGGUUUCACUAAAGGAGUUGUUUAAAUGUUUUUUUGAACUGCCAUCAGUGUUUGAUUCAACUCUAAAAAAUAUGGAAAAUUUACAGAAUCAAACCGAAAAGACACUAAACAAUUUCAUUCAAGGAUCUCUAUGGAAAUCAAAGAUUUCAGGUAGGAGUGGAAUAUUCAUCCCUUAUUUUUUAUAUUUUGAUGAUUUUGAAACGGGCAAUGCUUUAGGGAGCCAUUCAGGCAAACAGUCCAUAGCAGCCACAUACUUGAGUUUUCCAACUCUUCCGUUGCAGUAUUUAUCAUUACUGGAAAAUAUUCUUGUUGCUUCACUAUUUAAUACAUCCCUAAAAAAGUAUGGUAAAGAUUCACUUUUUCAUUUACUUAUCAGUGAAUUGAAAAAUUUGGAAACAGAAGGUAUUAAUAUAGUGAUUGAAAGUAAAACACAAAAAGUACAUUUCAUCCUUGGUUUGAUUAUUGGCGAUAACUUGGGCUUAAACUAUUUAUUAGGAUUUAGUCAGUCAUUUUCUAGUAACUUUUACUGCAGAUUUUGUAAAACUCACAAGUCGGUAAUGAGUAAACAAACAGUUGAGUCAGUUUAUGAUUUGAGAAAUAGAGACAAUUAUACUGAAGAUUUAAGUUCAAAUGACCCAACCGGAACAGGUGUAAACGGAGGUAGUAUUUUCAAUACUCUUCCUACUUACCAUGUUACUGAAAAUAUGGCAGUCGAUAUCAUGCAUGAUAUUUUUGAAGGUGUUUGUCAUUACGAUAUAUGUAACAUGUUAUUGUACUAUGUUCAUAGGACUAAAUUAUUUAGUUUGAGCACUUUGAACAACCGAUUAUCAUUGUUUGAUUAUUCUGCCAAGGAAUUAGAUCAAAAGCCCACCACGGAAAUAACCAUUGAAAAUUUAAAAAAUAAAAAAUUAAAAAUGAGUG